AUGGUGUUGAAGAAAAUUGUGGAUUUCGCAUUGAAAGUAAGAAAACCACUAGCCACUUCAAGCAAGAAGCAUAUUGAGGAGGCACUAGUUGUUGGACAAGAUUCUGUAUCAAACAGACUUGAGGAGCUGAUUCAUUCACAGCAGCACAAAACUUUGUCUCGUUCCGGCCUAGUUGGGAAGGGUGGGGCUGGUAAGACUCUACUUCUCAAAAGAGUCUUCAAUAGUGAUAGCCUCUUUUGCAAUCACUUAAUGCUUUGGCUUACUGUUUCACAAAAUCUGUCUUUCAAUGCUCUGAGAAAUGACCUUGUAAAUCAACUAAGUGUUAAAGCAAAUGAAAGAUUGGAGAGUAGAGAGGAAGAUCAUAUGAAAACUUGGUUGAAUGAAAUCAUGAAUAGACACAAGUUUGCCCUGUUUUUAGACGAUGUUUGGGAAACAAGUGCAAGCUGCUUGUUGGAGGAGCUUUGUGUGCCUCAGUCUCCACACCACAACUCCAUCAUCAUUGCCACUUCCAGAAGUAAGAGUGUACUCUCACAAUUGGGUGUUCCACCUCCAUCAGUCAUCCAAAUGGAAGACUUGACUGAGGAUGAGAGCUGGAGAUUGUUUUCUUCUCAUGCUUUUCCACACAGCGGUGGAGUUUUACCCAUGAACAUUGACCAAGAUAUAGCGAGGCUUGUCUGCAACAAGUGCGGGGGCCUUCCGAAAUCCCUCAAAGAAAUCGGGAAGCAAAUGGCGGGCAUCACUCGAUCAAAUGAAUGGGAACUUGUUCUUCUGAAGUUGGAGUGCAAGAUGGCACUCCACAAGGCCUCAGUUAAAGAGGGCGAAAUCAUAAAAAAUGACAAGAAGUAA